UGCACUUCGCGGCUCGUUUGACUGCCCGCAACAGAACACUCGACUACAAGCACUGAACUCGACUACAAGCACCCAACACGUAACACGCCAGGGGAUGCCGGUGAAGCAAGACGCUGCAGUCGUGCUUUCCCUCCCAGCGCGAUGAUGCUGUGCGACAUGGGCGCGCCUUCCCCGUCCGCGACAGGACCUGCCGCCGUUGCAAAGCAGCACCCCCAGCUUUCCCUCACCUGCCGUUGCUGUCCUCGCCAAUGCCGCUGCCAACCCCGAACAAGAAGAAGCUCAUGACGCGGCCGACGGUGCGCUCCAUCCCCGCCGCCCGGCGCGCGUUCGUCGACGCGCACACGCAGCACCUGAGCCACGGGGAGUCGACCAAGCUGCUGGAGGUGGUGCACGAGCUGGCCGUGCCGCUGGACACGCUCGAGCGCGGCGAGUGGGCGCUGGACGGCGAGCGCUUCGUGGCCCUCUUCUCGUUUGCCGCCUUCACGCGCCGCCGCUUCGUGCGCCAGCUGGCCGCGCUGCACGACGAGACGAGCCACGCCCUCGAGGCGGUGCACGCUGUCCUCAAACAAGUCCGGAGCGACGAGGACGCGAAACACGGACGCGCCGACCGCACGCGCGACUGGCAGGGCCACCAUGUCGAAGCUGCGCGCGACCGCCUCGGCGAACUCGAGCUCGCGGCGGAAGGCACCACCGACCGACGAGGCAACCGCACACGCCAGAACGGCCAGGGAGAGGCGCCGCUCGCCAACACGGUGGCUGCACGGAAACGCAAGCGGGCAGCGCUGUCCAUGGGCAGCCAGGACGACGACCAAACGGCGCAGGCGCGGCGAGACGACGUGGCUUCCUCGUCUGACGGCGGCCCAGACAUGGAGCACGCGCGACGAGACGACCAGGAUGCUCUCGAUGACGGCCGUGACGAGGCCAGCGCCUUCCACGACGGGGCCAGCACCUUCCACGACGGCUCUGACGACGACGCCAAGACGGCGAGAGAGUCCCUGCCCGCCCUGGUCGUUGACGAGAGCACGCUGCUGUCGCCUGGCCGGUUCGAGUCGCCCCACGCCAGUCGACAGCCGCACCUAAUCGCGGCCCUCACCCAGACGCCCAUCCGAGUCGAACCAGCCACGCCCUCGUUGACUAUUCAGGCACAAGCCACCCCCUCAUCCACUGCACAAGCACAAGCCACACUCCCUGCCCACCAAGGACAAGCCGCGCCCUCGCCAUCCCCGCCACGUGACGACACACGACAGCUCCUCGCCCAUCUGCUGCCCAGGAAGUGGCUGCACACCAAGACGGUCGACUACUUCCUGCGCGCCUUCCUCUCCGACUGCGAGGCCUACCACUACUACGAUGCCGGCAACGUCAGCCCCGCCUCGACGCCCGUUCCCGUCUCCAAGGGCAAGUUCCAGUACGCUCGCCAAGUCCUGGCCCCCAUUUGCCAUUCGCGCCACUGGCUGCUGCUCGUGUUCCACUUCGAAGACGGCCUGAUCCGCAUCUACGACUCGAUGAAAGGCAAUGUCCAGCCUGAGCAAGUCGCCCAAAUAGCUCAGAAUGUCGGCCUUGUCGUGUGGACAGGUUCACUCCGCCCUGGAAGUAUGCAGUGGCGGGUCGAGUAUGCCGACAUGGAACAGCAAACCAACGGCUACGACUGCGGCAUUUUCACCAUCGUCGCGGCCCUGCACUGCGCCGUCCGAGGCCAGCUUGGGCCUGGCGUUCGCAUCAACUCGCUCCUGUGGAGGAGCCUUCUGCGCGAGCAUCUCGUUUCGAGGGAGUCGGACCACUUCAGCUUCCUCCUCGACCAAUCCGAAUCAGCAACAUUCGACUCCGCGACACAAGCAAUGCAGGGAGUGGUCGCUAUCAACAAUACCAUCGCGUCGGCAGAAAAGUUGCGCCAAGACCUGCCUGCCGUCCAAGCUCUAGUGGGUGAGUUGCGCGACCGAGCUGUCGAGCGUGAACUGGUCAAGAAGCGCAGCAUAGAGCAGCUCGAGAAGUCCUCGUCGACGCGCCAGGAGCUUGCUCGCAUGAUCGACAGUCGACGGCCGGUGGCCGCCCUUACCCUCGAGGCUCUUGCCAUGGUCAAUUCUCAAGACUGGGCCUUUGUCGAUCGGAACUUCGACCAGCCGCUGCGACGCAACAAACGCAUCCACGCCUCGCUCCAUCGCAACAUCGAGCAGCUUUCGCGCCUUGUUCAGACGCUUUCCGCGUUUGGCCCGAGUAUUGAUGGCGUCGGGGAUGCAUUGCGAAAGAUGAAGGAUGGGAUCAAGGCGAAGGCGAAGCAGUUGCUCCAUGCUGAGCAUCAGGAGUUGGCGGUCCAGCACAAGCAGCUCGACAGGGCGAGGCAGGAAUUGCAGAAGAAGGAUGACGCGCAGAGGCUGCUGAACGAGCAGAUAGAUAGCUUGUGAUAUGUAUGUCAAACGUCCUGAUCAAACCUUGCAUUCGUACACACACGUUCACUGGUUGUGCUGUUGCUGCGAACUGGCCGGAUUGUACGGGCGCAUCGUUCCAUUACUCCUGUCCAAAGUGCAGUGCAAGCCGUGGCCUAUGCGCCAGAUCCAGAGCGCGGAGGAGAGAGUUGCGAGCAGGCAUGUGUAGGUGGCGAGGAGGUAGACGAGUGCAGGGAAGGCUGGCGGGAGGAGGAAGGGGAUGGUGAGGGUUGUGGUCAGG